UUGUGUGGAAAAACCUAGCCAUCCCACCAUGCAUUUUAAUUUUCUCCAUAAUAAACUCUUCGUCAGUCAUACUUUCACAGCCCAAAAUCUUCCGUUCCCUUUCCUUUGACCUGUUAUCCCUUUUGACUUGUUAUCCCUCCGGUCGGCCGACGCCUACUUCCCUGAAUGAAUCCAUUUUAUAAUAACCUCUCCAUCUUCAUCUCUCCUGUUCACUCCUAACCAAAACCAUGAUCCUCAUCCUGUUUUCCAUUUUCUUAUUACUUUUGAUACUUCGAUUUUUAUCAAAAACAUCUUUGAUUCACAUUCUUGUAAAGGGGUUUCGAUCCUUUGAAGAUAGGUUUUAUGUUUACCAAUCCUACAGGGUUCCUCAGUUCAACGACCAUUUCCAGGAAAAUGAACUCUACUUGAAGGUUUCUACGUAUCUGAAUUCUUUGCCCUCUCUGGAAGACUCCGAUUUCCCCAACCUCUUCACCGGUUCCAAGUCCAAUGACAUCGUUAUCCGCCUGGAUGCCAACCAGACCAUCCACGACACCUUUCUGGGCGCCAGAGUCACCUGGACGAAUGAGAAAUCGGAAGGCGGCGACGGUAAGAGGAUUUUCGUUUUGAGAUUCAGGAAGAACGAUAAGAAGAGAAUCCUCCGUCCGUACCUUCAGCGCAUACUCUGCGUUGCAGAUGACGUCGAUCAGAGAAAGAAGGAAAUCAAAUUGCACAUGAAUCUCUACCAUCCGUCAUCGGAGAAUGAGAGUGGACGGUGGAGAUCUGUUCCUUUCAAUCACCCUGCCUCCAUUGAUGCGCUGGUUAUGGAUGCGGAUUUGAAGAACAAGGUGAAAUCCGAUCUUGAAAUGUUCCUUAAAUCCAAACAGUAUUAUCAUCGAUUAGGCCGCGUUUGGAAACGGAGCUAUCUCUUAUACGGCGCCUCCGGUACUGGAAAAUCCAGCUUCGUUGCUGCAAUGGCGAAAUUCCUCUGUUUCGAUGUGUACGAUAUCGAUUUAUCCAAAAUUAGAGACGAUUCUGAUUUAAAGAUGCUACUGCUGCAAACCACGGAGAGGUCCAUGAUCGUGAUCGAAGAUCUCGAUCAUUUCCUGAUGGAGAAAUCAAGAACAGUGAGCUCGUCAGGGAUACUGAAUUUCAUGGACGGAAUUGUGUCCUGUUGCGGUGAGGAACGGGUGAUGGUGUUCACGACGAAGGGAAAAGAUCAGAUCGAUCAAGCGGUUCUACGGCCGGGGAGGAUUGACGUCCACAUUCAAUUCCCUCUCUGCGACUACUCCAUCUUCAAAGGUCUGGCGAGCAGUUAUUUAGGAAUUAAAGAACACAAACUUUUUCCUCAAGUCGAGGAGAUUUUCCAGAGCGGAGGGAGUCUGAGUCCGGCUGAGAUCGGAGAAAUCAUGAUUUCCAACAGAAAUUCUCCGACCAGGGCCAUGAAAUCGGUAAUCACGGCUCUGCAGAGUAGUGUUGCUGGGAAAUUACCGCAGGGAUUGAAUGAGAGCCGGUCCGUGCGGGGUGGGGAUGACUCGGGGGAGACCGGGGGCUUGUUUGGAAAGGACGGAGUUCAUUCCGUGAAAGAUUUCCGGAAACUGUACGGUCUUCUGAGGAUGGGAAGCAGAAGAAAGGAGGAAUCGUUGGAUUUAGGAUCCGCGGAGAAAGAAGGCUUUCCCCGUGUGUAACGCAGAAGAAGGCGGGGAUCCAGAUCAACAGGCCGGCCCGUUAUCAAUCAACUCCCUUAAUUUUUUAUUUCAUUAUUAUAUCAUGGAAGAAAUAUGUUGUUAGAACUUUGAUUGAAGUUAAUCAAGAUUAUCUUGAUUUUUUAAGAGGAAAUUUUAGUAUUUUUUAUUUAACAUUGUUUUUUUAUUAUGAUUUGUUAUUUAGUUUACAGUAAAUAACUUCGAAAUGC